AUGACGGUUCAUAAUCUGUACAUAUUUGACCGGAAUGGGAGCUGCUUGUUUUAUAAUGAAUGGAACCGGAAGAAGCAGGCGGGGAUCUCUAAGGAUGAGGAGUUCAAGCUGAUGUACGGGAUGCUGUUCUCCAUUAGGUCUUUCGUCAGCAAGAUGUCUCCUCAGGACAUGAAGGACGGCUUCCUGUCCUUCCAGACCAGUAAGUACCGCCUCCAUUACUACGAGACGGCCAGCGGCCUGAAGUUUGUCAUGAACACGGAUCUGUCAGUGAGCAACGCCAGGGACACGCUGCAGCACAUCUACAGCAACCUCUAUGUGGACCUGGUGGUGAAGAACCCGCUGGUUCCGUCCUGCCAGCCUCUGGACAGCGAGCUGUUCGGAACCAGACUGGACUCCUUCAUCCGCUCCCUGCCGUACUACAGCCCGCGCGCCGCCUGACCGGUUCUGGUUCUGACCCGACUCCUGACCCGCUUCUCAUCCUGCCGUACUACAGCCCGCGCGCCGCCUGAUCAGUUCUGGUUCUGACCCGCUUCUCUCUGUCCUUCAGAACCAGAAUCGUUCCAACGUCAGAACAGUCUGGAUCUGGACCAGAACACUGGAUGGAGCAGAACCGGGUCAGCAGAACCGGGUCGGGCUUGCUGUAUUUAUUGAGUUGUUCUGUGUUUAAUAAAGUGAAGUUGGACCGGU